CUUUUGGUGCAGCUACAAAGAUGGCAUGCAGUAACUGGAGGAUCCGUUUGUCGUCUACUUCGACAUGAGCCAUUCUUGCUUUCUUCCCGGUGAAAAUAAGAAAAUUAACGGAAAUGGGCUCUCUCUUCAGCAGUUUCAGAUCUCGCGCUGGGCCAAAUGUCAGCGCUGAAGCUCAGAGUGGAAGUCAAAUUAUAGCUCCUGUACUCACUAACAAUACAAUAACAGGAGGUGUCCACUUCCUACAUAAUGCACACGGUUUCACUUUUGAUCGCCCACACUCUGAAACAACACAAACAUCAGCAACAAGAUCAUUGAUUUUCAAACAUAAGACCCGGAUCUGCAGUGAGUAUCGGUAUGUGACUGAGUAUAACUCUCUGCCUGGUGAACGAGUGCUUCUGUCUGAGCGCUACACACAACCUCUGAUCCUUCAGAGACACAGAGAUCAAAAAGAGAGAGAAGAAGAGCUCCGCUCCAGUGGAGAGGACUUCCAGCAGGUCCUCAGCUCCAGGAGCAGUGAUAAAUCUGUCCAUCUGAACUCUCUGUUCAACCCAGAUAACCAUGGGAUCAGUCCUAGUGCUGUCAUACUGCAGGGAAACUCAGGGAAUGGGAAGACCUUAACUGUACAGAAGAUCCUGAUGGACUGGGCAUCUGAUAAACUCUACAAAGAGCGGUUUGAUAUUGUGUUUCACUUAAAGUGUAAAGAAAUAAACCGUAUUCCUGGCAGAAAGAGUUUGGUUGAGAUCUUGAGCUACAGCUGCAGUUUAACACCAGAUCAGAUCUCACAGAUACUGCAGCAGUCAGCAGAGAAGAUGCUUUUCAUCAUUGAUGGGUUUGAUGAGUUGAAACUCACACAGGAGAUUUAUUACAUGUCACCUCACACUGAUGUGAUUCAGAAAGCUCCAGCUGAGGUCACACUUUGUGCCCUGUUGAGGGGUCACAUCUUGCCAGAGUCCUUCCUGCUGGUCACCACCAGAUCUACAGCUGUAGACACACUGAGCGAGCUGCUCAAAGGACCUCAGAGUUUCACUGAGAUAAUGGGAUUCUCUGAGAAGGGAGUGGAGGAGUACUUCCAGAAGUUCUUCCAGGAUGAGCAACUUUUCAGAAGGGCUUAUACAUUUGUGAAGACAAAUGAAAACCUCUUCACCUCCUGCUCCAUCCCUGUGAUCUGCUGGAUCAUCUGCACAACUAUCAAGGAACGUUUUAGAGUUGGUGCAGAUGUGACAAGCGGACUGGAAACCACCACCUCCAUCUACGUUGACUUUGUGUCCACUCUACUGAAGCAUCACUGUCAGGGUUUGAGUCAGUCUGUGCCGUCCCUGCUGAGGAGUCUGGGUCAGCUGGCAGAGAGAGGCAUGCUGGAACAACAAGUGCUGUUGGAUGAGAAUACUGUUUAUGAAACAGUUUCAGACCCUGUUGCCAAUCCAUUUCUUUGCAAGUUUCUUUUUAAAAGAAGAAUCCGCCAGGAGACCAUGUUCAGUUUCAUGCAUCUCAGCUUUCAGGAAUUCUUCACCGCUCUCUACUGUGUCAUGGAUGAAGAAGAGUCCCAGAGAAAACUUUCACAGCUAAUUAGAUGGGGUUCUUCAAAUUUUGCUGCUGUGGUUCAAUUUGCAUUUGGUCUCUUGAAUAAGGAUGUGAGACACACACUUAGAAAGACACUUGGUCUGUUAGUUCACCCAAACACACAGGCCCUUCUUGAAGAAUGGAUUUUGAAAGAGAUCCAAGACAAAAAUUAUUAUUGUGGAACACUUUAUAUUCUUCACUGCCUCUAUGAACUUCAUGAAGAGGACUUUGUGAUAAAAGUUAUGGAAUCCUGGAAGAGUAUUAGUGGAUACGCUGACUUCUUGAGAAGAACAGACUGCUGGGCCCUUCUGUACUGCUGUCAGUGCUGCCAGAGCAUUGAACAACUGGACCUCCUUGGCUGCAGCGGAUUAACAUCUGAAAAGUUGAUGAUGAUUCUGCCUGUGUUCCCCAAGUUUAAGAAAAUAUUGUUGCCUCUUGAAGAUCCACCAGUCUCUGAUUUUGUUGCGCUGAUGUGUGCUCUGACAAGAAGACAGACACUGAACUCACAGGAGGUUGGGGUCAUAUCAAGAGAUGGGAAAUGUAUUGUCUGCAGAGAUGAACAGUCAAUUUGCAAAGAGCUAUCGAGAAUCUUCAUAAAUCCUCCAUGGCAUCAUGAUCCUGCAGGAUCUUUGCACUCACUCAGUCUCACCUUGCCAUGCUCAGAGCUUACCAACAUCAGCGGGAUCAAACUUUUUCAGAUAUUUCACCACAAUUAUUCAGAUGCAUUAAUGCUUAUUCCCUGUUCUUUCUCUAAACUGAAAAAGAUGGAAAUAAGUGUAGACUGCCUGACCGAGAGAUGGUGUGUUUGGACCCUUCAGAUAAUCCAGAACUGCCCCAGUCUAACAGAAAUCAAGGUAGAUGCUUACAUUUUACUGGAGGGGGGGAUCAAGAUCUUGCAGAGGUCACACACAAGACCAGCCUGUGUUAUGAGGGUUGAAGGGUUGGUUUGCCAUAAACAGUCUCAAAAAUGUACAGAUUAUAAUUCACUGAGCUGCAACGAGAAGGUGAUGAUUCACUUGAGUUCUAUGGGCUUUUCUAUGGAAAAUUUGCGGAAGCCCUUGUUUUUUAACUAAAGGUACGUGAUAAUUAGGAGAACGCUACAAAAGCAGCACCUUCACUUAGAGCUGUGGAUGGAGAUGACGACAUAACUCAACUGUAUAUAAACUGCAGUUAGGUGUUGUAUUGUAAUAGUUGUCAAUUUAUUUAUAACUCUUUUCAUGAUACAUAUUGGUUCAAAUCAGCUUUAGUUUCAUAAUGACGUGAAUUUUUUGGUAGUUUAGAGAUAGGUGAUUAUAUAGUUAACAUUUGAUGAUACAAACAUUCAAGAAGUUAAGAUUUGCUAAAUUAUAUAUAUUGUGACUAUGUGAGUGUACUGUUUGUAUGCCGAAUUAUUUUUUCAUAUACUUUAAGUUGGGGUUAUUCUUUUGCGAUGCAGAGGAUUCAUCUGACAGUUGAUGAUGGAGAUGAAAAGCCUUGUGAGAAACCAGGCUUCAGUUCUCCUCUGGAUAUACAUUCGAGAUAUAUUGUCAGUAAUUAAAUAAAAGCAUGUUAUCACUGGGUUCAUUUAUCAAUUUUGUAAAUAAAUAAACCAUGAAAGCAAAGUCUCUGUAGAUG